UAUCCAUUUAGGAUGUGUUCAUUAUAUGUGAUGGUAUAUUUGUAUAAUGGUUGGUUUUGAGACGAUAUUUGAAUAGGCGAUCGUUACGGAAACCCCUUGUAGUACGGAAGAUGUUCGGAUGUGACAAAAUGACAGUUUUUUGAAUUCAGAACGUUGUGGCCAAACAGCUAAAGCUGGGCAUAUUCUGUAUAUUUCUGGCAUAAUUGCUUAAUCAACAAAUGGAUGACGAAGAAGAAACCUACAGAUUAUGGAAAAUCCGGAAAACUAUCAUGCAGCUGUGCCACGACCGCGGGUACCUGGUGACUCAAGAUGAGCUAGAUCAGACUCUGGACGAAUUUAAAAGCCAGUUUGGCGACAAGCCCAGCGAGGGACGCCCACGACGGACAGAUCUUACUGUGCUUGUUGCCCACAACGAUGAUCCAACUGACCAAAUGUUCAUCUUCUUUCCAGAGGAGCCCAAGGUGGGAAUUAAGACCAUCAAGAUGUACUGCCAGCGGAUGCAGGAGGAGAACAUCACGCGAGCCAUAAUUGUGGUCCAGAUGGGCAUGACACCUUCUGCCAAACAGUCGUUAGUUGACAUGGCACCAAAAUACAUCCUGGAGCAGUUUCUGCAGCAGGAGCUUCUCAUCAACAUCACAGAGCAUGAGCUGGUUCCAGAGCACAUAGUGAUGGCCAAGGAGGAGCUUACAGAACUAUUGACUCGAUAUAAACUAAAGGAGAGCCAGCUGCCCAGGAUCCAAGCAGGAGACCCUGUGGCCAGAUACUUUGGGCUGAAAAGAGGACAGGUGGUGAAAAUCAUCAGGCCAAGUGAAACUGCGGGGCGCUACAUUACCUACAGACUAGUGCAGUAGAUGUACAAGCGCACCUACGUUCAACUGAUAUCAACUACUCAAAACUGUUCCGCAAACUGUUAAUUUUAUGUUGGAAAUGAAAAUGUUUUUUUUUAAAUGUGUUUAAAGUCUGUGUGAAUGUUGUAGCUCUGCCAUUGUGUUAUACAUCAUUUAUCACCCUAUCUGUUCUGAUUUGCGCUUUUCUAACCCCAAAUUUACUGUGAAUGCUCAUUUUGUAGCCUUGAUUUUAUUAGCGACUGAUAAAAGGACACAAGCAGUUAUAGCAGAUGACCAACAGGGAGCGCUAGAAGCCUAGCAUUGACUUUUUGUAUAGAAUAUUGAACUUGGUUUACUAUAUUUUUACAUCAUUUGUACAUUUAGUCAUUUAGCAGACGCUCUUAUCCAGAGCGACUUACAGUAAGUACAGGGACAUUCCCCCCGAGGCAAGUAGGGUGAAGUGCCUUGCCCAAGGACACAACGUCAUUUGGCGUCAUAUUUACCAAUUAUACAUUAGCAUGUAAAUAACAAAAUCUUCCUUAUUAAACAUUUAGAUAUUUGUAUGUCUUGGACUGUUUCAGAGGAACGGACUGUCUCCUAUUCCUCCUUCUGGCUCGUGUGUCCUUUCCAGGCGGUGCUAUGUGUGUACUGUGAUGCUGUGAAGCCAAACUGUGAAUAUCUGACAGUGUGUUUGUAUGACAGCAGGAGAGGUGCUUUCUGACACACAGGCUACAUAGCAGAAGCUCUCCUACCCAUCCUAUCCUUUUGCUCCCGCAGAAGACACCUACUUGAUCAAGUCAUAAAGUACAAUGAAAGAA